AGUCAACGUAAAUCAGCUGAAUCUAACGGAUAAUUCUAUUUCUAGUGGCUAAACAUAGAAUCUAUAAUGGUCAAUGUCAAAUGCACGGACGGCUAUUGAGACCGCACGUCUUCUUAAAGCGUGAGAUCCGUGGUGAGGGUAAACAUACGAGGUAGAAAAAGUCCAAGAGAGACAAGACAAAAAAAAAACUUCCGGAAGCGAGCGAGAAUCUGUCGUGCCAAUCUUCGAUAGGAAGCAAGGUGACUCUGUCCGAAUAGUAUAUCAUAAGCAGUUGCGAAUUGGUGUGAAUUUGGAUUUUAUAGGUCGAGCUAUAAUAUUGGUCAAGCCUGAAAGAGAAUAUAAUCACCUCAAGAUGACAAAGGGACGUGUACAAUGGGAUGAAGCUAAUAUAGUGGAAAUUGAAUCUAACAAACCUGUUAGGCAGAAGAUUACCGAACCAAAGACACCCUAUCACCCACCGUACCCCAUGAUUGAUGACGAUGGUGGUUCUCUGUCUUCUAGAGUAAGAUCGUUUGACAACUUUGUUGAAAUGCAUCGUGCUGAAGAACUAAAGAAUGAUCUGAACGAUUUAGCUUCUUCCAGUAAAAUUAUUAGCCACAUAUCUGAUUCUGGUGACUGGACCCCGUCAGAGGAUGAAGCAGAACCAAUAGAUCAAAAUGAAGACGAUCCUGAGGGAGAGAAAAACACAAGUUUCAAUGAACAUAGACGGGUGCACUAUGACGAGUUUCGAAUGGUAAAGGAGAUGAGAUCCUCUGGUGGUUCUUUCUAUGGUGAAGACGCAGAAGGAGACGAUAGUGCCAAAACGGGUAAACCAGAGGCAACAAUCUCACAGAACACUCCAGGUGCUGCGGAUGCGAUAUCUUCAGGGAAGUCAUCUUCGUCUUCUACUUGAUGAACACAUUGUUACACUAUGGUGUUAUUUCUGGAUUAUACAUAUGUAGAACUUUAUAUUUAUAAGAAAUUAAGAACAUCUUGUUUGCA